AUGGCGUCCAUGAUGGAGCGGAUGAAUUCCAUGUUCCUGGAGGCCAAUCGAGGGGGGGGACCGGCGACCGAACCAACGUCACCCGUUCCCAGGAUAAGGGUGGUGAAGAUGUCGCUGGAGGAUGAUCCCGAGGCCUACUUGGCCAUUCUCCAGCGACUGGAUAUUACUGAAGAGACCCACCGUCGCCGGUUCUGGGAAUACCAGCGACCCCCAGGACUGCGACCCCGCGUGAUGGCGCAACAACUGGUGGACCACGUGACCCAGUGGCUCUGCCCCGGCACCAACAGUGCGGAAAAAGUAACUGAGCUCAUUGCUAUUGAGCAGUUUGUGAAGGUGCUGGGGCCGGACACCUGGACCUGGGUCAGUCGCCUCCGUCCCACCACCCUGGAUGCAGCAGUUCGAUUGGCCGAAGGGUUCGAGGACGCCCUCCCUUCCGCUCCAGUGGACACCCUACCUGCUCCUGCCUCCAGUAGACCGCGAGCGGCGGCACCAGAACCACCACCACCAUGCUUCACCCCCACCACCCACGGACCAGCACUGCAGCGUCACCCCAUGGGUGGCCUCCCUCCAACACAAUGUAGAGCAAGGGCGACCCCCAGCGGGGUAAGAGCAGAGUACCCCUCCCGCUGCCAAAUCGGCAACGGGACACGCAGGCUCCGUGGGCACCCUUUCGCCCCACCUGUUACCGGUGCCAGGAGGUCGGUCACCUGGCUCAGAAUUGUCCGGCGGCCAUGGAAUGUGGGGUGA